CUGAGAUUGAGCACAGUUUGUCAUCUUGUUCGAUAGCUGACCAUGGCUCCGAAACGAAAAAAUCCACGAAAACCAGUGAAGAACGAGGAGGAUAAUUUACUGCAGAGAGUUUGCGCGAAUAAGAGGGAACGACAACGAACAAAGGAGCUCAAUGAUGCCUUUUCGAUACUUCGAAAAAUCAUUCCAUCGAUGCCGUCGGACAAGAUGAGCAAAAUUCACACAUUACGAAUUGCUUCUGAUUACAUCAGGUUCUUGGACCAGAUGAAACGAGACGACUGUAAAUUAUUUGGUGUUGAUAUAUUUGAUGAGAAAGGUGGAUAUGGACUUCAGACCUCGUUCAACAUCUGGAGAGGCAGUCACGGUCUCACGCAGAGUAGCUCCAUAAAUACACCCGCGUUAAUGCCUCCGAUGGGUAUGUCAACGCCAAUGCCAUGUCCAAUCCCACAUGUGAACUACUAUAUGGGUGGCUACGUUAUGAAAGCAGAUUACAUGGAUCCAGGACUGGGGCCGAAUGAGCUUCCACAGUGGCAGCAAUGAUACGGUG